AGCACAAGAAGCACUUUGUCUCGGCGGAGGGGGUGUUGACAGGAGAAAGAGGGGGGAGGUGGAGGGAGACUGAAUUGAACUGGCCCGGUGAUCACUUGCACCGCAGACCCCGCAGCAGGACGAGGACAGCGGAGGCCGCGAGGAGAGCAGAGCACCGGAGGGCGGGAGACACAGGACCAACGUGGACCGGAUCGGACACCCACGGAGACACCUUGUGGUAAUUUGGAUACAGAGGGACACCGGGCGGGGAGGGGGGCCCGUAUGAUUCCUCUCAGUCCGGCUGUAACGAUGGUGGUGAUGCACCGACAGCAGAGCGGCGGAUUCCUGCAGACACACUGCACCACAACCCCGCAACCGAGUGUGAGCUGCUGCUGCCCGGUCAGACUUGCUCGCUUCUCUCCAUCAGAGCCUCACCGACACAUCACAGGAUCCCCACACCGAAGCUUGACCCAAACAACCGGGUAGCGGCUUACCUUGCAGGCUCCAUUCAUAUUCCGCCCCGUCUGCGGGAUGAGACGGGGAUUUGCGGCGGGACGCAGAGAGCAGCUUUGAACCGCUUCACUGCACCGGGGAGUUGAUGUGCAUGCACCGGCUGCUUUGAGCAAUAAGACAAGAUGUUGGUGCGAUGCUACCGGGGCAAGCUGUCGGUGUGGGCCGCUCUGUGCGUGCUGGUGCUUUGCUGGUUUUACAUUUUCCCCGUCUACAGACUCCCCCGCGAUAAGGAGAUAGUGGAAGAGGUGCUGAGGCAGGGGGAAGUGUGGCAGAAGAACCAGACGGGCAUCGAUUUGUACAGGAAGCUGCUGACAGAAUGCUGCGAUCCUCGGAGGAUGUUCGCGGUGACCAAGGAGAACUCGCCGAUGGGCAAGGUCCUGUGGUACGAUGGCGAGUUUUACCACUCGCACACCGUCAACAAUGAGACCUACUCGCUCUUUGUGCAGGACAACCCCCUACAGCUGCCCCUGAAGAAGUGUGCGGUGGUGGGCAACGGCGGCAUUCUCCGGCACAGCAAAUGUGGACGGGACAUCGACCAGGCCGACUUCAUCAUGCGGUGCAACCUUCCACCGCUUUCAAAGGAAUAUGUGGAGGAUGUUGGAACCAGAACACACCUGGUUACAGCCAACCCCAGCAUCAUAGAGAAAAGAUUUCAGAACCUUCUGUGGUCCAGAAAAGCUUUUGUGGACAGUAUGAAGGUCUACGGCUCCAGCUACAUCUACAUGCCGGCGUUCUCCAUGAAGCCUGGCACCGACCCAUCACUGCGGGCGUAUUACGCCCUUGCGGACACGUCCUCCAACCUCACCAUGCUCUUUGCCAACCCGGAGUUCCUGCGCACGGUGGGAAAAUUCUGGAAGGCCCGCGGCGUGCACGCCAAACGCCUCUCCACGGGGCUCUUCCUGAUCAGCUUGGCCCUGGGGCUGUGCGAGGAAGUGACGGCCUACGGCUUCUGGCCAUUUUCCGUCGGCCUGGACGAGCAGCCGGUCAGCCAUCAUUACUACGACAACAUCCUGCCCUACAAGUGGUUUCACGCCAUGCCUGAGGAGUUUGUGCAGCUUUGGCACCUGCACAAAAGUGGCACGCUGCGCAUGAGAGUGGGACGCUGCUCCCCACAGGAAGGAGGGAGUUAGAGCUUCUCGAUGAGUAAAGCGACAGCGGUCAGUUGAAGUUUAGUGGGCUACAGGAAGCAGAUGAAGACAUUGUGAUUGUGAAGUGGCAGGAAGUUGUCGCCAUGACAAAAAAAUGGGUGCGCUUAUUUCCUCUGAGGAACUUCGGCACUGCGUCUGUGUCCAUACACACUCCCGCUGCCCCCCAAGCUAAUCCCUAAUUAUCAUAAGAAUGUCCUCCACCCAGACCAGCAGCAUCAGGGACAAAAUGCACACUAACACAUGCAGCCAAACACACACACACACACACACACACACACACACACAUUCCCAAAACUCGCCAUAUCUCCUCCCCUUGUUUCUGAAAUUGUGUGUGCAUGGAUGUUUGUUUGUGGAAAGCCUCAGCUGGGACUAACAAGGGUGAAAAUGUGUGCGGCUGGAUAGGUUUUUUUUCUGUUUUUUUGUAAGCUGACUACUGUAUCUGACUGACAUAUGCGGCAGCUGGACCAAACCCCCCUCUGGGUCUUUGUCAAACACAGACAGAAGGAGUGGAGGACCAGGGGGAAUAAUAAAAGGCACUGAAAGACUUGCGAAAUGGGAGGAACAAGGGAGAGAUAAUGGUAUCCUGGUACCUAGUAGCUUGAAUAGGGCUGAAAUUUAAUGGAGGAAAAAAAAAGACUGGCAGGGGGGAGAAGGAGAGUGAAAGCUGGCUGGUAUGUGUAUGAAAGGAUUUUUCUCUCUCUGCUUUUCUUCAACCGAGUGCUUGAUUGGCAUUCUCUGGUGCCAAACCGAGCUUUAGUUCAAAGCGGGAGCCAUUAGAGAUGGAGUCUUAAGUACUAUAGCCUAGAAUGUUUAGCCAAGUUGCAUUUGAACCCUUCAGUGAAAAGGGAAAAUGAGUACACCCAGGCGUCCACGUAUUGUUUUUGCCAAAUGUGAUUUUCAGGAUUAAUGUGAAUUCUUUUUUAGGUUCAUCAGAGGCCAUGAAAAGAAGGGAGAAAGCGUUGACAACGUAUGUGUAAUCAGAAAUGAACAUUUGCUGCAAAAAAGACCUCACACAUAGGUACCUCACCUCGAAGUGGACAUCAUCACCGACAGAGUAUCCUCUACUACACAAUGUAGUGUCACGUAUCUGUUUUACAAACUUCAUGUCUUUUUACUUCCUGUCAGAUCAACAUUUCUUAGCCUCUGAUCUUAGUGAUCGCAGUGCUGUUUAAUAUCUAAAUUAAGUACUUUUUUCACAGCUAGCUUGUACAUAUUGUUAAUAGUAUUUACCAUUUGUGUUUGUACAUAGCGUUAUUGAUCAUUUUGAUAAUCACAGCAGUUUCUAGCAUGGUUAGCCAGUCAGCUAGCCUAACUAUCUACUAAAAUCAGAUUAUGUCAGCUCUAUGGAGCUUUACUGCUCACUUUAACAAGACAGUGUAUGUCCAUUAAUUUAAUAUAUUUGGCAGCUCUUCCAAGCACUGACUGUAAAAACAAACAAACAAAAAAAAACAGUGAUUGACUUAACGUUAGCUAAACUGGUUACUGGAACAAAGAAAGUGACAAAGUUAACGGCGUGGUUGCUCAUAUCUAUAGAGCUUUACUGCUGGCUUUUGUGAAAUGGCUCAUGGCUUACGUUAGCUUAUCUUUGAAAAUCAAGCUAACGUCGGUGCAACACUGAGUGACAAACAUAACUACUUCAGUUCAGUUCAUUGAAUUUAUUUGUGACAUAAAAUCAUAAAAUAUGAUUUCAGUAAAAUGUACAGUAACAUUAUCUUCAUCCCGUUCUUCACUGAGAUGUUAUUUUUGCAGAAAAUAAUGGUAGUCUACUAAAACGUUAACAACACAAUACAUAAAACAAACUGUAAAUAAUUUCAACAAUUUGAAAGUUACAAAGCUAACUUUGGAAAGUGUCGUCUGUCAGUUCUACCGUAAUGUUAUUAAUUUUGCCUCUAACCUUGUUAACCUAACCAUGUUUUGUACAUACAUAUUGGCAAUAUUAUUGGUCAAUAAUGGUCAACCAUUUUAUAUACGUUAUCGAUCAUUUCGUAAUCACCUGAGUGUCUUUGAUAGCUGUUAGCGCCCUUAGCUAGUCAGUCAAUGUAGCACCAAUGUAGCCUGAUUUUUGGCACUUAGCUAACGUUAGAUCGCUGUUGCUCUUUUUUACACUUGGUGCUUGAAAAAUCAUCCAUUAUUUAAAAGGCCAAUGGCCGCUGGAACCCAGGACUUUUUAAAUCUGCCUGCACCCUCAAGCCUAUGACCGAAUCACAGCCGUGAUGAUAUACAGUACAACAUCACUCCUUUUCAUGUGAUAUUGCUUAAGUGACAACAACUACCUUAAAUGACAGAAACCAUCUUUGGAAAAAAAUUGUCAAAAACAUGUCCCAUCCACUAACAUGGCGGGGGCAAAGUUUAUGACCAGUGGGUGAUUGAGAUGUUUCAGCUUCACCUUUUGAGAGCUGUCGUAUUGUCCAUCUUUAUAUACAAUCUAAGGAUAACCUUAAAUAAAUAAAUAAAUAAUAGUACUUUUAGCAAUAUGUACAAAGCUAACUGUAAAAAGCUAAGCCACUAAUUUAGGAACGAAAAAGAACUGUAAUCACUCAUGUCAGAGGUGAAGGUACCAUUAUUUUAGAUUUGAUAGGACGUAAACAGGUAUAAAGUUUAUGAAACAAUUAGGCUUAUACUUCACACUGCAGUCUUUAGGCAAAGAAUUUGGUACGAUUCACUAUCAAGCAGACUCCUUAGGUACAACUGAACUGCUUCUUUAGAGGGGCAGUUACCAAGUCAUCUCUUAGUCGCUGUACUAUACUUGCCAAGUGCCAAGCCAAAGGAACAGUGGUCUCUUUGAUGGCCGCUCUCACACUGUCCUUGUGCUCUCAAAUGGCGAGACACUGAUUUAAAGAGAGUUAGUGACAGAAAAAAAACUUGAUGUCACAAAGUGACAUUUUAAUGGCUUCAUUUUUGUUUUCUUAGAUACUGGACAGCUGGUAGGGUAAAUUAUUAUUUUUGUUCUUGCAGUUAUCAUUUUGCAUCCAAGUACAGGAAGAACUGAGCCUCUGUCCUGUGCGUGUUCAUUACAGUGAUUUUUUUUUUUUUGCACAAGGGAAAAACAACUCGCUCAUGUAGAAGUCAACACGACAGACACGACAGUUGUUUUUUUUUGUUGUUUUUGUACUUGCAAGCCUUGCAGAUGGAAAACUUGAUUUGAAAUUGUAUCUUUCUUUAAAAUAUGUUAUUUAAGAGUGAUAAAUGUGACCGUGCCAUAUUGUCAAUGCCGCAACAAAGGAUAACUCUGCAUGGAAAGUGCAUGGAGUGCACCACAAAAAAAAAAAAAACAACAACCUCGAACUCAAGGUACAGAACAUGUCGAUAGUUUAGUGCUUUAUGCUUUUAUUUUUACUCCUUGUCUGUUAAACGGAAUAAGGUCCAGUGCCUUUUUGGAUGUAUUAAGGCACAAAGGAUCAUUCAAACGAGGGAUAGUUCUCGCUGACUUUCUUGGCCACACUGCGGAUCAAUCAGUAUGUCAUAGUGACUCCUGACAUCAUAUUACAUCAAACAGAGCUGCACACUGCUGGACCAAGUUCAUGAAGUGAAGCAAAGUCUAAUCAUUUCAAGUCUAAAUGCACAUGUUGCUCUCCAGGACUCGAACUUGAUGAACACUUUGACCAAUUUGUUUUAGUUAUUGUGAUGUGUCUUAUUUGCACCUUUUUAUUUUGUCUCUCCUGCCCAGUAUUGUGAAUGAGUGAAAUGUGACAUAGUGAGAAUUUUGAGUAAGCAUGGUGAUUUUUUAAACAUGUGCUUUUGGUACACAGGUUAUAUUUGUUUAUCUAUUUCCAUUACAUUCUGAUUCAUGCCCUCAUUCCAUCCUAUCUGAGUGAUUAAAGGAGCUGAGAUUUUCUUAUUAAAAGGGAGAUGAAUUUGUCAUGUAAAUAUUGGUCUAUUACUGUAAUGGCCAAUUAGUUUUAGAUCGCCAAGCAUUCUUUAAAAGUCUAGUUGUUCAAAAGCUACUUCUGGUCCAAAUAAACUGCAGUUGUUGCCAACAGAAAACAUCUCUGACACUGAGCUCUUCCUGCUACAACCUGCACAGCUUACUGCACAACAUAUUGUGUGCAACAUGUAACUUGAUAUCGUAGACUGUAUAAGAGAAGUAAACAUAGACACCGGGUCUAAAAACUGAAGCUGAAAUGGAAGUGCCUUCACCUGGGGGCAACUCCACUGGUUGCAAAAUGAAGUCAGGUUGUACAGUCCAUCCAUCCAUUUUUAUCCGCUUAUCCGGGGCCAGGUCACAGGGGCAGCAGGCCAAGCAAAGCACUCCAGACCUGAUCAGAUGCCAGAACCACCUCAACCCGAAGGAGCAGCGGCUCCCCCCGGAUGUCCGAGCUCCUCACCCUAUCUCUAAGGCUGAGCCCAGCCACCCCACGGAGGAAACUCAUUCCAGCCACUUGUAUCCAUGAUGUCAUUCUUUCGGUCACUACCCAGAGUGUUGUAGUCCAAGAAAAUGACCCUACUACUCACUUUAUUUAUUACCUCAGUAAACAUUUUUCUAAAAAGUUAAUGGUCUCAACCAAGAGUUUCAAGUCUUCUCCAAUACAGCGUGAUGUUCAUUUUGUAAAUUGAGGUCCCAUGAGAGUAAAACAGACGAUGAAGCAGGGUAUGCUUUAGGACAUGGCUACCUUGUGACUGACAAAUCGCUCCCACGCCUCCUUCUUGGCAAUCAGGUGUAGCAAUUCUUGUCCUUCCCAGCACCACCCUUGUGUCUACCUAUGGUUGCCUCUGGCUCCAAAAAGUCAAGAUGGCAACGGCCAAAAUGCCAAACUCAAGGCUUCAAAACAGUAAUCCACAAACCAAUGGAUGAAGUCACGGUGGCUACGCCAACUUCUUUUAUACAGUCUAUGGUUGAUGUUUAAAACACUGGGGUGACAUACAUUGUAAACAGCUUUUCUUAUUGAUACAGUGUCAUUGAACAUCUAAGAGCAAUAUUAUCACCGUAACCAAUGAGGGCAGCAUCUCAUCAAUAAUUUUUUUACAUUCCAGUCACAGGUUUCAUAUCAAGGGAGCUGAACACACCAAGUGUGUGCUUGUGCACUACACUUUUAAAAUCACAUCCAUAAUUGAUCACAUACUCAUAGUAUUAAAUUUCAGAAGAUUUAUAGGAAUAGUUUGACAUUUUGAGAUAUGAAUUUAUUGGCUUUCUUGCUAAGAGUUAGGCCAUAUUUACACCUGGUAUUAACAUGCAUCUUGGGUGAUUGAAUCAAAUUGACAGCUCUUAAUACAGGGGUGAAUGAACUGAAUGCAUCCUCAGUGCAUCUUAAGACCCAGUCACUCAGACUACAUUCAGAGGUCAGGUCUGGGCCGUAUAUGGCCAUAUUCUUUUAGUAGCUUGUAUGCUAAUGUGACCUGGGCCACACUGACACUCACACCAGCAACGAAACAGCUCAACUCUGUCGUUAAAUCUGUUAAUAACCGUUAGCAUCACAUUAUUGAGUCCCAAUCGCUCAGACUAUAUUCAUAGGUGGUCUAGGCCACAUAUGGCCAUAUGCGUUCUGCGCCACAUUGAAGGACCGCCUACUUAGCUGACGUUCUUGUUUAUCUGACUCCCCUGGACAGAUCAGAAAACUUUCUGCUGCUGCUGUUACACAAAUGCAGAGCUGAAGGAAUAUCUCCAGAGCAUCUCCUCUCCGGUCAGUUCAAUAUCUGCCCGCUUAGCACAAGCUAACACAGCAGCAGCUGUUAAACAGUCCCAACAAACUCACUCCAACAACGAAACAGCUUGACUCUGUCAUUACAUCUGUUAAUAACUGUUAGCAUCACUCCUAACAGUUAGCCCGCACACAUAGUGUCAGGGCUAACUGGUAGAUCAGUGGUUCCCAACUGGUGGGUCCUGGUCCAAAAGUGGGUCCACACCUCCCUGUCUGAGACUGAAUAUGUGGAAUGAAUGGACCGCAAGUGACAGGUGAGAACAGACAGACAUAGAGCUGUCCACUUGUGUCCACUCUCGGAUCGCCCAAGAUGCAUGUUGAUACCAGGUAGAAACAGGAUCUGAGAUGUGAAGAUUGAUACCAUUCAUGUCUAUUUGGUAAAUAUGUAGCUACAGUUAGCAUAUCUUAGCAGAAAGACUGGAAACUGGGGGAAGAGCUCACCUACCAGCACUUUCAAAGCUCACUGAUUAUCAUGUCAUAUCUUAGAUAGUUUCACUACCAAAUAGUUUUACUUGGAAUCCACAUUAAAGUUUUUGACUCACUGAUUUAUUUCAGGAGAAGAAUCUGUCUGCAAGCUCAUAGCCACCCUGGGAGUCUAAUCAAUCCUUACUGAUACCGUAAUUAACUUUGGAACAUAUGAUGUCAGAGUGAGCUGUCUCCCUGUUUCCAGCCAUUUAGAUAGCAUACAGAUAUGGAAAUCAUAAUGUCAGACCAUUUAAAGCAGCCAGCGUUAACAUGAGACUGAAAAAACAGUGCAACCAGACAGUACCAAAUAGAGCAUGGUAGGUACACAAUGUGCAGCACUGUUGUCCAUUUCAUUUCCUGUCUCGAGCCAACUGGUCACAUUUAUCAAACUAAAGUAUGUGUGGCUGCAGGGUGACUAAUUGCUUAGAGUCAUCGAAAGGUCACAUGUUUGAUCCCUGUAGCAGCCAUAUCAUCAGCUGCAGUGUCCUUAAGCAAGACGGUUGCAUGAUGAUCAAUAUGAAACCUGCCACUGUGUCAAACGAUUAGUUACGUAGCCGCCUUUCACCUCAUGAUGACAAUGUCUUCAACUGUUUGGUGGGAAAACAGGAAGUGCUUAAGUCUUAGUGUGGAUUUAAUUCUGUACAGAUGUGGUCUCAGAUGUAGAGAAGUCUUCACCUAUAAAGUGAAGACACGUUGUGGCACAAAUGAAAUGACAACUUUAAUAUGAAUGUGAAGGAUUGUUACGCGAUUUUAUCUUGGAAUCAUUCUAAAGUACAUACAUACAGUCUUCUUUAGGCGACUUGGUAGAGGGACAGUGGUGUACAUUGCUGUCUUUUUCUUUAAUUUCUAUGGGGAGCACCAACAUUUUUGGAUUCUACACAUAGUGGCUUUAAAAAAAACUUUAAAUCCCAAACAAAAAGUUAAAGAUUAAAGGAGUCCUUCACCCCUAAAUGGACACUUGUAUAUCAGUUACUCACCCCGUGUUGUGUUUAAUUUGGGAAGAAAACUUUAUUUUUCUCACAUGCCUCCACAGCGGCAUGUGAGAAAAACAGAAGUCUGUUUUAAACAGUGAUAUUUUAGCAAAAAUACAUGUUUGGUAAACACUGAAGAUACGACUGGAUAAAUGAGACUUUAAUUAUACUGUUUAAGUUGUGUGAGAGCUUUAAAAUGGAUGUUUUGAUAAAGUUUUGCUGUUGUUAAACACAGUCCCCUUUUACUCCAAGUCAUCAAAUUCCAUUUUUGGAUUCUUCGCCCACCAUUGAGGCAUGUGAGAAAAGUUGUGGAGUAAGUAAUUGAUGUAAAAAAGGUCAUUUGGGGGUGAAGUAUUAUUUUAAAUAUUCUUCAAGUUACACUAUGAUCCACUGAUUAAUAUUACCGAAUUUGGCUGUGGUGUUGCAGUAAAUAAGGUAAAAAAUACAAUACCCUCUUUUGAUAAGUACCGAUCCAGAGGGCUCAACUUUCUUACAUAUUUAAAGGUAUACUAGGCGGGAUCCCCCCAAAAAAGGAAAAAAACAAGUAUAAACUCUAUACUAUAGGAAGUGUGUGGUGAUGUGUUUAUCCGCAGAAACACUGCCCUCUGCCUGUAUUUUAUUCUUAUUCUGCUGUGUUGAGGUCAGGACUGUAAAGGUAGCAACCAGGUGCCAGACCAUAAGCAGCACGCCUCCAAGAGGAAGCUCCGACACAGCGCCAAAUAUAACUGCAAAUAUAGCGAACAAGAAUUGGGUUGGCUUUUACUUUCAAUUGUGACAGUGUUUUCAAACAAUAACCGACACUUCCUGCAUAGUAUACCUUUAAAUAUUUGAUGUUAUGCCAAGCUUGGUUAUUUUAAACAACAGAUGUAAAUGUGCUUUAUUUGCCUUGACUGACUGAAUUUGUCUUAAAAAAAAAUACAAAAUAAAAAAAAAAACCUUUUUGGAGGCAUUGCUGUGUGCGCCACCCUGACUGUCACCUCCUCUGCUCAUUCAUGUCAUCUGAUGUGAACAACCCUG